GGUAAUCCCUGAUGCGAAAGUCGCCGCGAACCCUGUAUCAAUAUCUAUUCAUUGUGCUUAUCAUAUGUACGUAUGGGUACUCGGUGAUGAGUGGACGAGUGGGAGGUUGCGACUCUGAGUGAAAAGGUGAACAUCGUUGACCGGAUCAGCUAUAAUGUUCCGAGAUCAGGGAGCUAUGAUCAUGAAUGACGUCACGCGUGCGAGCAACUAAGCGCUCCUCGGGCAAGAUCGCGCCCAGAUACGAUUUUGCUUCUUCCUCCCUCGACCUUUCAUUCAAACCAUGACCUCUAAUCCUUCUCUCGCGAACUGGGUCCAAACGCAAAUGAAGGCGAUAUACGCACCAGAUCCACACACCCAGGCCGAUCUGCAAAGCGUGCUGGAUGACUCGUUCUCGCCUGACGCAGACAUCCAAGUCGACGGCGCAUCGAUGACGCUCGACGACUUCAAGGGCUCCGUGGAGAGCCAUCGGGGAGGCACGGCGAACAUAUCUCUGAGCUCAGAUCCCGAGGAAUUCAAGGUGGUUCACACGGCGGGCCAAUCCGGGGCGGACUCUACCGUCUCCGGGAAGAUGACUCUUGUUAGAACCCAUCCGUGGCUUGUCAGAGCUGCCCCAGCCCAAACAAGCACAGAAAUCACUUUCGAUGCCCAAGUUGCAUCGAAUCCGAAGCCCCAAAUUGUUCAGCUGGUCCAGAAGUCCGUCCACAAGCCGGUGCAAGUCCAUUUGGCGCCUGUCAGAAAUUUAUAAGUCGAGGAGGCAUGUGAUGAUAAUUUUGUGUGUACUAGUGGUAGCACCAUGUACCAUAUGUAGGGUCGAUCCCGUGCUUCAAUGUGCGGUCUUUCCAUCCCCUUUUCAUACACCUGAGCCACUAGACACGUCCAUCGGACUGUUCGCCAUGUCAUAAGUGUCCCUUUGCGCGUGUUUACAUAGCGUUGAAGAGUCGAAACAAUUACCGGAUGGGGUGUCUCAAACACUCCGUCGUGUCACAGAGCUUCUUGAAAAUUUCACGGAUUUUGGGAGAAGAGAUAUUCGGCCGAGGGAGGCACCUGCAGCUCUGACACAAAACGGGCUGUCUAAUAAAGGGUGCCCCACGUGAGAUCAUCCGGCGCUUAGCGUUAAGACUUGCCCGCAUUCAAACCACUGCUUACAAAGCGCAGCGCCGACACUCGCGCUCUCGGUCCCGCCACCGAGGAUCCGAAGCUGCUGGUCCACGUCAGACCCAGGAUCAGCGUGUUCGUGGGUGGGACAUCCAUUUCCAUUCGAACGCUCUUCGGGCGCCGUCGGACCGGUCUACGAUCGUGUGCUCUACGCCUCUCUGCGGCUAGUCUCCCAGGUGUCUAGUGGAGGGAUAUCGGCGUUGUGCUUACCACACUUUCCCGGCGGAAAAUUU